CACAAGCCACUGGUUUGCCUAUGAGGCAUUUGGAUUUCUUAUGGAUAAGAAUAAAUGCAGGAAAUCUGUCAGCAGUACAAAAAAGAUGAUUCAUUCCCAAAUAGAAGAUUCAGAGGUUAUUGAUGAUAAUGAAGUAGUUGCCGAAGAAGUAUACAAUGAAAACAGUGAACCAAUUGGAGAAAGAACAGAACCAGAACUUAAUCAAAAAAAAGCCUUAGAAGAGGAACCAUUACCAUCUACUUCUGCAACGUCUACAAAUGAAUUACCAAAUUCACAAUUGCAAAAAGCAAAACGAGCGAAACGGAAUAAGGAAAAUUCAAACGUCCCAAACGAGGAUCCUCGUAUUUCUGCAGUAGUCGAUAUUAUGCGGUCAGCUCAAGACCGGGAUUCUUGUGAUAUUUAUGGGGAGCAUAUCGCAUCAAAGCUACGUACUUACAGUCAAAGAACACAGGCCAUGGUACAGCACAUGUUUAGUAAUAUCCUCUUUAAUGCUGAUAUGGGACGUUACGACGAUGUGGUGCCUAAGAACACCUCUGGUCAUCUGUCAUCUUCUGGAAGCGUUACUUCUGCUAGCACAUGCACUAACUACCCCUGCUCCUUCACCUGCUGGUUCAAGCUCUCAUUAUUCCGAUCAUGCUUCACAGUUCCGUACCCAUGAAAAUACAAGUGCUA